AUGCAGAAGGAGUACAUUGACUUUGGCGAUUUGUCUGCACCUACUGUAGCUUCGUCGAGUGUUCGUAUGUUGGCAGCUCUGGCGUGUGAGCUUGACUUGGAGUUUUGUCACUCCGAUAUCGAUCAGGCCUUUGUGAGGGCCCCUCUCAAGGAAGAUAUUUUUAUGCGAAUGCCGGAAGGAUGUGGUGCGUUGUCGGGGAAGAUAGUGCAGUUGAACAAGAGUCUUUAUGGCUUGAGGCAGGCAUCUAGGGAGUGGUACGCGUUGCUCAAAAAGUGUCUUUUGGCUUUGGGGUUCGAGCAGUGCAUGGCUGAUUCUUGUGUUUUUCGUUUUGUCGAAGGGGGGGAAGUAGUGUUGCUUCUAGAGGUACACGUAGACGACAUUUUUGCAGUGGGGACGAAGGAGAGAUGUGAUCAAUUCGGGAAGGACCUGGGAGAGUACGUGCCGGUGAAGUCUCUGGGGGAGUUGAAGUGGUACUCCGGUUGCUAUUACGAGAGGGACAGAGAGGCAGGUAGGCUGACGAUUUCACAGCAGACAUACACCGAAGAGUUGGGAGAGAGAUAUGGUGUGGAGUGGGGGGGAGGCAUUCCUUUGCCCACCACCUGGAAACUUUGGGACUUCGACGCGGACGAGCCGAGCGUAGAGCACCCGUUUCGAGCGCUGGUUGGGUCGCUGCUGUGGAUUGCCCUGUUGACUAGGCCGGAUAUCGCGAAUUCGGUGAGAGCAGUAGCGAGGUACUCUGGUGCACCGAAGUUGAUUCACUGGAAGGCUGCACUUAGUAUUUUAGGAUAUGCAGUUAGGACUAGUUCUUUCGGAAUUUGUUUUCAGAGAGGGACGGUUUCGGGGUUUACUUUGAUCACGUUUGUCGACGCGGAUUACGCUUCACGUGCGGCAGACCGUAGGUCGGUUUCAGGAGGGGUAGUGAUGUGUGCAGGAGGGGCAAUUGCAUGGUUCUCCAAGGCUCAGAAGUGUGUGACUUUGUCUACCACGCCGGCUGAAUUCGUGGCAGUGGCGGAUAUGGGGAAGGAGAUUUUGUUUUUGAGGCAGGUUUGGCGUUUCAUGUUGCCGAAGGAGUUGCGGCCAUGCAUUCCACUGUAUGAGGAUAACGAAGGUGCUAUACAGAUCGCAAAAUACCCGAUCUCGAAUUCGCGGCCAUGCAUUCCACUGUAUGAGGAUAACGAAGGUGCUAUACAGAUCGCAAAAUACCCGAUCUCGAAUUCGCGGCCAUGCAUUCCACUGUAUGAGGAUAACGAAGGUGCUAUACAGAUCGCAAAAUACCCGAUCUCGAAUUCGCGGCCAUGCAUUCCACUGUAUGAGGAUAACGAAGGUGCUAUACAGAUCGCAAAAUACCCGAUCUCGAAUUCGCGGCCAUGCAUUCCACUGUAUGAGGAUAACGAAGGUGCUAUACAGAUCGCAAAAUACCCGAUCUCGAAUUCGCGGCCAUGCAUUCCACUGUAUGAGGAUAACGAAGGUGCUAUACAGAUCGCAAGAUACCCGAUCUCGAAUUCCAACUCGAAGCACAUCGACGUGCGGCAUCACUUCCUCAGGCAGCUCGUAGAUGAGAAGGAGGUAGAGAUCAUCCACGUAGCGUCGCAGUAUCAGCAUGCCGAUUUCCUCACGAAGGCGCUACAUGAGAGAGAGUUUGUUUUCCACCGGGACUACGUGAUGAAUUUGAAGUGA